GCGACGUCAUCCGGGCUCUGCAACCGCCGGGGCGGCGCGCGCCGCUGCUGCAGUUGCUGCAAGGAGGAGGCGGCGGCGCGAGCGCGGGCUGGAGAUGGCGUCCGCUACCGACUCCCGCUAUGGGCAGAAGGAAUCCUCGGACCAGAACUUCGACUACAUGUUCAAGAUCCUGAUCAUUGGCAACAGCAGCGUGGGGAAAACCUCCUUCCUCUUCCGGUACGCCGACGACUCCUUCACGCCUGCCUUCGUCAGCACCGUUGGCAUCGACUUCAAGGUCAAGACCAUCUACCGGAACGACAAGCGCAUCAAGCUGCAGAUCUGGGACACGGCCGGCCAGGAGCGGUACCGCACCAUCACCACCGCCUACUACCGCGGUGCCAUGGGCUUCAUCCUGAUGUACGACAUCACCAACGAGGAGUCCUUCAACGCCGUGCAGGACUGGUCCACCCAGAUCAAGACCUACUCCUGGGACAACGCCCAGGUCCUGCUGGUGGGGAAUAAGUGUGACAUGGAGGACGAGCGUGUCGUCUCCUCGGAAAAGGGCCGCCAGCUCGCCGAGCACCUGGGUUUUGAGUUUUUCGAGGCCAGCGCCAAGGACAACAUCAACGUCAAGCAGACCUUUGAGCGGCUGGUGGAUAUAAUCUGCGAGAAGAUGUCGGAGUCGCUGGACACGGCCGACCCGGCGGUCACCGGCGCCAAGCAGGGUCCUCAGCUCACGGACCAGCAGGCCCCCCCGCACCAGGACUGUGCCUGCUAGGGCCAGCCCCCACCCCCACCCCACCCGCCCCCCAAAAAUCGGUCAGUGCACCCCCCCCCGCCGCCUCCCCGUACCCCCCUCUUGGGGGUCCCGCGGGGGCUUUUGCUGCUGAUACCUCCGAAAGGGCUGCAGCCCCUCUAGGAGCGUCCCCCCCACUCUAAUUCAGUUAGGCUGUGCCCCCCCCCCCCCUUAAUUUAUUUUUAAGCCUGGGCUGGUAGAAGACUCCCCCUGUUCUGCUUUUAAUCGCUCCACGAGCCCCACUCUCUGAGAAAUAUUAUUUUCUCUGUCCGCUCGCCACCGUCAGCUCCCGCCACCGGCGGUCCCAUCCCUCCCCGCUGUCCCCAGGGAACAGGGGUGCGUCCCCUGCCCAGGGUGGGGGCUGCGAUGGGACCCCAAAACCUCCCGUCCUGCUGGGACUCCCCGUGUCCCGCUCCCCAGCCCGGCGGAGGUCCUGCCCACCCAAAGAGCUCCUGGGGGCUCUUUGCACCUGCCUCUUGUUCCCCCCCCGCCCCAGAUGGAUGGAUAUUUCCUAACUCUUGUUUAUUUGUAUAAAUAGAUGCUAAUUUAUGCUCCCGCCGUCUUCCUCCUUGUACAUAAGGAAAACUCCUUGUAAAUAGGCGUAGGAAGUGACGCUGUGCGCGUGACCUGCUGUGCUGUGGCCGUGCUGGUGCAUUUUUUUUCCCCCCCAUCAGUGUGGUAACCUUGCUUGUGAAUAUCACUUUUAAAAAUGCUCUUAUUUAAAGUUUUUUUUUUUUUAAAAAAAAAACCAACCCACGAGCGAGGCCAGCCAAGCAAACUGCAGCAAAUUAGCUCCGGUUCAGGGAUGGAGACCUUUGCAGAGCCCCCGGUUUUGGCUCGUGAGGGAGGGGGCGAGCGGGGCUCGGAGGAGCGUCGCUAAUUUGCUGCAGGGCCUUGGGCUCCUCGUGUGUUUCUGUAGUACCGUGCUUCUGUGCAGACUGUGAAUAAGUGGAUAUUCCUGUAGUGACGACGGCCCCGGAGAUCUUGCUGCCCUCUAUUUAUUUUUCUUGGAACGCUGUGUCUUUAUUUUACAGAUUUUCCCCCUCCCUGACUGCGGUACCAUCUCUCCCCCCUUCCCCUUUCCUAUUUUUUGUGAAGUUUACUUAUGGAAGAGUUACACUGUACUGUACAAAUGUCAAAAGUGUCAAAAGAGUACAAUUUCCUAAAAAUCACUGUAUUAAAGAAAUGUUGUGAAGAAAUAAAUCAAUGCUGAUCACCGGUUCCUCGGCCUCAUUGCAGGUGGGGAGGGGGGUAGCGGGACGGUCCCGCCGCUCGGUGCCGAUAACCUCAGCGUUCUUGGCCCCGUGCUGGCGCGCUCGGUGCUGGAGAGGAGCAGAAAUUAUCUGGUUUCUUAAUUAGCAUCCACCAAAUGGCUCCGGCUGCCGCGCGGCAGCUUGGCUUGCUGCCGUGGGAGGGCUGCUGUGUGGCAGGAGGGAUGAGGGCAGAGCUGUAAGUAAGGCACAGCUUUA